UUGUCCGAGCCUCGUGUGUAGGAUGAGCUCCAGCCUGCUGGAAAAUCCGGUGCAAGCGAUCUUGUACCUGCGGGAGCUCACCACAAUUGUGCAGAACCAGCAAAGUCUCAUCCAGACGCAGCGCUCCCGCAUCGAGGAGCUGGACCGGCGGGUGGAUGAGCUCAUCGGGGAGAACAGGCACCUGCGAGAUGUCCGCGUGCAGCAACAUCAGCAUCCUUACCCCGCUUACGCUCACCACCUCCUCCAUCAUCACCAUCAGCUUCACCCCGACGUGGGUUGCCUCCAUCACCUCCACCUCGCUCAGGACCCCCAGACCAAGAGCUCCGCGACGAUCUCCGCGGCAAGAUCCGCGCCGGAGCAAGCGGCUGCACCGGCACAACAAGUCGACGGGGCCGCGGUGGUCCCUCCUCCUUCCGCGGAGCCUCUGGACCCGGGGGAAAUGCAGCUGGUUCCGGCCGAGCCGACCACUAAUUCACCGGUCGAAAGCGAGCCGGAUAACGGCGGGAGUUGCAGCGGCUGCCGCUCCUUGGUUCCGAUGACCCCGACUACCCUGUGUCGGUCGCUGGCCCUCGCCAAGACAUCCGAAAAUGAGACGGUGCUGCAUCAGUUCUGCUGCCCCGCCCCUGAGCAUCCCGAGGCCGACGUGAGCGGGACGUCCAGCGGCCGGUUGCUGAGCCUGGAGGACGGCUCGUCCUCGGGAGGACGCGACGCGGAGGGCAGCGCAGCCAAGCGGGAGGGGCCCAGCGACUAUGAGAUCUCCCUGGAGAACAAAAACAAACAGAUAGAAGACCUGGAGCAGAAGUACGGAGGCCACCUUAUUGCCAGACGGGCCGCCCGCCGCAUCCAGACCGCCUUCCGUCAGUACCAGCUCAGCAAAAACUUCCAAAAGAUUCGCAACUCACUCUCGGAAAGCAAGCUACCCCGCCGGAUCUCCCUGCGCCAACCCAGCCCCUCGGGACGGAAUCGCAAUAGCACCCAGAGACACAGUUAUUCCCUCCAUCCGGGGGGCGGGCAGAUCCCGCUUCGUUCCAAGACGCCGCCACCGCCGCCUUGUCGCUCCACCUCUCUGCCCCCGUCUCCCGCGUCCGCACCGGCAGCGGCUGCCCCUCCGACCGUGGGACCGACGCCCUCUCAAAGCCCCGGACCCUCGCUCUCACAGCUGGAGGACUGCUUCUCCGAACAACUUCACUCGCUGGCCCAGUCGAUAGAUGAGGCCCUCCGUGGUUGGAGCGUAUCUGAAAGUUCGGAAGGCCAGGGCCUCCUCAUGGACCCGGGAGCUCUUCGCGCCGCCGCCGAGAGCGCCUGCCUCCCCCGCAGCGCCAGCUCCCUGCUCAUGGCCUUCCGGGACGUCACCGUCCACAUCGACAGCAAUAGUUCCUACACCAUCUCCUCGGCAACCACCACCACCACCACCACCUCCCUGGGCAACGCUGGCGGCGAGGCGGGCAGCAGGAAGACCUCGCUCAGCGGGAUGGGCCUCGCCGGUGGAGAGUCCGCCGAGGAGCCGGAGUUCCCCGCGCCUCCUCCCAGCGAGGAGCUGGAGAAUUUGGAUCCGGGGUCACGGAGGGGCUCGGCCGUGCCCGUCCCGGCGGGCGCCCUACCGGUGGACGGCAUAUCGGACAUAGCCGGCUCCACCUCCACGUCUACCUCCACCGCCAUCGUCACCUCGGCCCAGUCCGACCAGCAGCCCGCCCAGAUUUACACCCAGUACCAGCAGUACCACUACACCCACCCUCAGCAGCUGGCGGCGGGCACCGGCCCAGAUGCCCUCCAGGCGCUGGUGGUCUCCCUGCCCAGGGAUCGAUGCCAGGAUCCAGCGUCCUGCCGCUCACCCACCCUCUCCACUGACACACAUCGUAAACGGCUCUAUCGCAUUGGAUUAAACCUCUUCAAUGUCAACCCGGAGAAAGGCAUCCACUUCCUGAUCACGCGCGGCUUCGUGCCUGACACGGCCAUCGGCGUGGCUCACUUCCUGCUGCAGAGGAAAGGCCUGAGCAGGCAGAUGAUCGGAGAGUUCCUGGGCAACAGCAAACUGCAGUUCAACAGAGACGUUCUUGACUGCGUGGUGGACGAGAUGGAUUUCUCGUGCAUGGAGCUGGACGAGGCCCUGAGAAAGUUUCAGGCUCACGUGCGCGUGCAGGGCGAGGCGCAGAAGGUGGAGCGACUCAUUGAGGCCUUCAGCCAGCGCUACUGCAUGUGUAAUCCUGAUGUGGUGCAGCAAUUCCACAACCCUGACACCAUCUUCAUCCUGGCCUUUGCUGUGGUCCUCCUCAACACUGACAUGUACUCGCCCAACAUCAAACCGCAGCGCAAGAUGGGCCUCGACGACUUCAUACGCAACCUCAGAGGUGUGGACGAUGGAGCUGACAUCCCCAGAGAGAUGGUGGCUGGCAUUUAUGAAAGGAUCCAACAAAGAGAGCUGCGAUCCAAUGAGGACCAUGUUACCUAUGUGAGCCGCGUGGAGCAGUCCAUCCUCGGCCUGAAGACUAUCUUGGCUGUACCUCACAGACGUCUUGUGUGCUGCUGUCGUCUGUUUGAGGUUCCCGAUGCCAAUAAACCUCAUAAACAGAAACUGUCACAGCUCCAGAGAGAGGUCUUCCUCUUCAACGACCUGCUCUUGAUCCUGAAGCUGUGCCCCAAGAAGAAAAGCUCAGCUUCUUACACCUUCUGCAAAGCGAUGGGUCUCCUGGGAAUGCAGUUUCACCUCUUCAGCAAUGAAUACUACGCCCAUGGCAUCACCAUGCUGAGCCCGUUUACCUCCGAGAAGAAGCAGCUGGUCAGCUUUUGCUCGCCAAGCGGAGAGGAGCUGCGGAAAUUUGCCGAGGAGCUGCGAGAGGCCAUUUCCGAAGUCAAUGAGAUGGAGCACAUACAUAUCCAGUGGGAACUGGAGAGGCAACAGGGCAUCCAGCCUCACAGCAUACACACAAAUGGCGGCCAAGUGGACGCGCACACGGGGCACGGAUCCCCCUCAGGUCAGCAGGACGUGUACGAUAAAAGCGGCAACAACAACGCUGUGGAGGUGUCAAUUCACAACAGGCUGCAGACCUACCAACUGAGUCCGCCCAGCGUUGAGCCGACACCCCCCCUGGCCCUGACCGCCCCGCCCGCCUUGCUGGGCCCCGUCCCGGCCGGGGAGCUGCGCCCGGAGACGCUGAUCCAGUGCCAACAGAUCGUCAAAGUCAUCGUGGUGGACCAGAGCGGGCGGGGCCGCAUGGAGGCCUUCCUCAGCCAGGGCCCGGCCGCCCACCAGCUCCUGCGCUCGGCCAUGUCCACGCCUGUCCAUGUCCAGGGCGACGGGCCUCAGCCCCCCCUGCCGCCGCCCCCGCCCCCUUACAACCACCCGCAUCAGUUCUGCCCGCCGGACUCGCCUAUGCCGCUCCACCACACCAUACCGCUCACUCGAAGGCGCAACUCCAGCGGCUCCCGCAGCAUCGUCUGAGCCCCCCCACAAACCAAACGGUUCCUAUGAGACCCCUGCCACCGUGGCACACGACUUUUUUGGGAUGCCAUUUUGUAACGUCAAUUGGCUUGCUCGCUGAGCAUCCCUCUCCCAGGUUUCACCAUCUACAAGACACAUUUGGACUGCUUGCGCACAGGCGGCAAUCGGCAAAAAGAUUCUCCUAAAAGCAGGGGUGUGCAAACUUAUGUGCUCAAGGGCCACAUUUGAUUUUCAAAAUGAACAAGUGAGCCAGCUCAUUUGCGUUUGUUACAAAAAUGCAUUCAAAUGUUUAUGCCAAGUAUGUAACCUGCAUAAUAAUUCAUGAGUUAUUUAUUUUCUUUAUACAUAAUUUAUUUAAUGAUAAUUAAUUUAUGAAUGACUAAAUUAAACUUUUUACUCAGAUUUUCUGUAGGGUAUUUUAUGUAAAAUUAUUUAAAUAUUUAUUUAAUACAUAAAUAUAAUGAUUUAAUUGUAC